AUGUCUAAUCAAAAAAAGGCAAAGCGUCAACAAUAUAAUCGACGAGGAGACACCUUGUUCCGCAAAGCGUUUGAGUUCUGUCAAGAAUGUGACGCGGAUGUCUCAUUAACGGUUCGGCUGAGAAAUAAUGGCCAGAUUUUCAUGUUCAACUCGGAUGAUCGAUGGCAUCCGUCACCACAAGACUUGUUUACUACCCUGUACCAUUAA